AUGACUUCUCCGAACGGGGCUAAUGGCAAACCAAGUACAUGGCAGGGCGCUGGUGCAGCCGAAUUUGAUCUGAGAAGUGACACCAUGACCAAGCCAACUCCAUCAAUGCUGGAGGCAAUCUGCCAAACGACCCUUUUGGAUGAUGUGUUUGAGGAAGACCCAGUGACUAAUGACUUACAGAGCUACGUGGCUCAGCGUACGAAUCAUGAAGCCUCCUUGUUGGUCAUGUCAGGAACCAUGGGUAAUCAAGUAGCCAUCCGAACCCACUUGGUUGAGCCUCCGUACUCAAUCGUUUGUGACUAUCGCGCACACAUCAUUUGCUACGAGGCUGGUGGCGUUAGCAUGUGGACAGGAGCUACUGUUAUACCUGUUAUGCCUAAGAAUGGCAGCUAUCUCACUCUAGAAGAAAUCAAGAAACAUACGGUGCUCAGCGAUGACGUGCACGCCUGCCCCACAAAACUGAUCAGCUUGGAGAACACUCUGGGGGGUGCAAUUAUGCCUCUUGAGGAAACUCGCAAGAUCUCCGAGUGGGCACAUCAAAAUGGGAUCAAGGUGCAUCUGGACGGAGCCAGACUGUGGGAAGCCGUUGCUGCUGGGGCCGGAAGCCUGACGGACUUUACCAGUCUUUUCGAUAGCGUGAGCUUGUGUUUCUCCAAGGGCUUAGGUGCACCAAUCGGCAGUAUUGUGAUUGGGUCCAAGGCAUUUAUCAAGAAGGCGCGAUGGUUCCGCAAGUCUAUCGGAGGUGGUACUCGUCAAGCGGGAGUGAUAGCCGCGGCCGCCAGAGUUGCUCUGGACGAGACUUUUGGAACAGAUCCCUAUGGUCAGCAGGGAAAACUACGCGAAACACAUAGCAAAGCAAACCGAAUUGCCGAGAUGUGGACAAGUCGUGGUGGCAAGCUGGAUUUUGCUGUGGAGACUAACAUGGUCUGGCUGGAUGUCGAAGCAGCUGGCUUGGGUCCCAACGAUCUCUCAGAGAUUGGAAGCGAGAAGGGCUUGAAAUUACUAGGAAAUAGGAUUGUGGUUCACUACCAGGUGUCUGAGGAAGCUCUUAACCGGCUGGAGCAAGUUUUCGAUGUCGCUAUGAAGGGGCAGUACCAGCGAAGUGCGGAUACGAGCAAGGCUUACGGCAGCAGAUAG